AUGAACAUCGUCGCAAUCGCGUCCACCUGGGCCACCCUCGCCCUGCUCGCUUCGGCGCAGAGCCCGGGCCCCGACUGGCCCCGCUGCGCCGCCACGUCCGAGACGCACCACGCGGGGUGGGAAAUCAUCGAUCUCAUAUUCACGCCUCCCGACCCGAGCUACGACGACUCCGCGUCCUUGUAUCUCCUGGUGCGGAAUAUCGCCGACGGGUCCCGCACGGAUUGCCAGCUCAAGCACGAUAGCGUCAUGGGCGAGGGCGGGUCGUCGGAUACGACGAUGGACAUUGUCCUCACGAACAUGCAGGGCACCUGCUUGACGUAUUGGGCCGAGUCGAGCGAAUUGACUCCCAAGGUCAAGGCCGAGGAGGCGAAGGUGACGUUUGACGUUACGAGUCUGGAGUUGACGAUUGAGCAAAGCUGGCGGUGCAGCGACUCCAAGGACGAUGUCACGUACAAGGCCAGCGCAUCUCGAAGCGUCCUAUUCACCUGCAGCGGAGGCCGCGAGGGCGAGCGCAUGGUCUGCACCCCGAAGAACUGUACAGGAUCGGCCAGCCCCCAUGUACGUCGGCCCCGCGCAGGUGACCGGCACCUCCUCACCUCCUCCACCACCACGACGUACCCCAUCGCCAAGCACGAAGACUGCGACAACCUGCCCUCGGCCUUUGCCGGCUGGCAAAUCACCCGCAUGAACUUUUGGGAGGGCGUCCAAGCCUCCCAGACCGUCCCCUCGGCCAGCCUGAGCCUCGACCUGCGCAACCUCAACGACGGCUCCCUCACGACGUGCCGCCUAUUCGCCGACAACGUGGACGAGGAGGCCGGCGUCACCCUCGCGAACAAGGGCGCCACGCUCGGCCAAGGCACGGACAAUUACGACAACGGGUGCGGGACGGGCUGGUUCGAGCUCGAGGACGACCGCGGCGGCGUGCGGCAGCGGUGGGCGUGGUACCCGACGGCCAACGUCACCUUUGACACGGCGACGCACGAGCUCGAAAUCACGCAGAAUUGGCCCUGCGGCGGCGUCGCGGGCGCGUUCGAGGCGUACGUCGUGCAGAAGAUCGCGCUGGACUGCACCCCGCUGGAGGGCUCGCUCUUUCCGACGGGGUGCACCGCGCGGAGGCGCUGGUCAAUUUCGAGGGCCCGCCGGUGA